AAUAAGAGGCUUUCUACACUUAACUAAAAACUAUUAACAAGUGAAUGAUGUGGGUGACACGUAUUUUUGUAUUCAUUGCCUUUGUACGAUUAACAAGGACAUUUACUGUCGAGAAAGUUAAGGAGUACAAAAACUACAAAUACUACGAUGUAAAAGGCAGUAGCAGCACCUUGGAACGCUUAAAAACUUUACUAGAAGAGAAAGAUGAUUCUCUAAUUUAUUUAGACAAUAAAAGAACAACCCAAUUAUUGAUUGCUCCGGAAUUGGAAGCCGCUUUUAAAGAAAUUGUUGAAAAAGUUAAAUUAAACGCUACGCUCCUUCAUAAUGACAUUUCUGAGGUUCUUCGAGAAGAGAAGCCACCAACAACACAAAAAAUAUAUAGAUAUUCUUGGAAUGCUUACUACGAUGUUAAUCAAAUAUACGCGUACCUUGCAGACGUAAGUAGGUCGCAUCCAGAAUGGGCAGAGGUGAUAGUGGGCGGAAAGAGUUACGAGGGACGUGAAAUACGAGGGCUCAGAAUAAAUACGCCGGUCGACGGUGACGAUAAUCCGAAUAAGCCUGUAUUUUUUAUCGAAUCAGGAAUACACGCACGAGAAUGGAUAGCUCCAGCCACGACUACGUACUUCAUCAAUCAACUGCUUACCAGCAAAGAUCCUAAUGUAACAAGAUUGAGGGAUCAAUUUGACUGGCGGAUCUUCCCCACUGUUAAUCCCGAUGGAUAUCAUUACAGCUACAUAUUUGAUCGUUACUGGAGAAAAACUCGCUCACUUUCCAAAAACGGAUGCAUAGGUGCUGAUCCUAACAGAAAUUGGGACUAUAAUUGGGGACAAUAUUCAUCAUCAAAAAAUCCGUGUGACUAUCAGCUGUAUGCUGGUUCGAAGCCGUUUUCAGAAAUAGAAACGCGAACCCUAUCAUCAUAUAUCUCAAACAUCGAUAACCUUUUAUUUUAUGUGGCUUUUCAUUCUUAUGCGUCAUUGUUAUUGGUUCCGUACUCAGAUUCAACAGACCACAUCGACAAUUAUGAUGACUUGGUACAAAUCGGUAACGUUUCACUUGAAUACGGAUACAAGGUGAAUCAAAAAAGAUAUGAUGGACCAGGCACCGCUGCGGAGACCCUGUAUAAAGCGUCAGGUGGAAGCAUGGAUUGGGUUCGUAACAAAUUGAAUACACCGCUCGUUUUCACAUACGAGUUACGCGGCAGUUCUUUCCACUGGCCACCGUCAAAGAUCCCAGAACAAGGAGAGGAAGUCACUCAAAUGAUGCUCGGCUUAUCAAAAGAAGCUCGCAACCUAGGUUACUAUUAAAAACCGCGGUUAAAUUCGCAUCAUUUACAUUUUGAUUAUAAGUGAACCAUAUUCGAUCGAUUCAAUUUAAAACAAUACGAAUAUUAUUAUUCGUUAUAUAGUAAACCACGUCUUAUUUUUAAGUAUGGAGAUUAUAUCAAUAAGUUUAAAAGUUAAAGGGUUAAAAGAAAUA